AUACAACUAGUAAUUAAUAUUCUUUAUCUGAUUGCAGAGGCAUGUGGUUGAUUUCUAUAUUUCUGACUUCCAAUCUGGUUUGAGGGCAUUGGUUAAAACUGGCUAUGGUGCAAGAGUGACUCCUUAUGUUGACGAAUCUGUCAUUGUUGACAUUAAUCCUGCAAAUAAGGAUAUGUCUUCCGAGUUCAUCAGAUGGAUGGGAGAAAGGAACCUUUCAAGUGAUGACCGUGUAAUGAGAUUGAAAGAAGGGUGCAUCAAAGAAGGUAGCACUGUCAGCGUGAUGGGAGUUGUGCAGCGGAACGAUAAUGUUCUGAUGAUUGUUCCUCCACCAGAACCAUUUUCAACUGGAUGUCAGUGGAUUAAAUGCAUUCUUCCGGCCAGUCUCGAAGGCAUUGUAUUAAGAUGUGAGGACUCUUCGAAGAUAGAUGUCAUACCUGUUUAGCAGUUCAUAUUUUAAAACUCAAGUACAUGUUGGUUUGGCUAUGAGAAAAUUUUGUCGGAAGCUUUUAAAAAUGGUGGCAAGAACAAGCAAGGCUAAUCUGUCAAGUGUUAACUGGGGUGUACAGUUUUCUUGUGUUUUUCUCCCCUUUCGAUUUCGUUUUGGUGCAGAAAUUUUUAUUGGUGGUGGUGUGAUUAUUACAGUAGAUGGAACUUGGUGAUAGACAAGGAGAUGGAGAUUCAAUUUUUAUGUUAGAAUUGCUUUAGUUGAUUUUGAUUAUUCUUGGGUUGUGAAAAUUUGUUGUGUUGAAGACAAUAUUACUGUUGAACUUGAAAUUUUAUUUAUUUGAGAAAUUGCUGACCACUUGGCCACUUUUA